AUGGCAGCCUCACUUUUAGAUGCUCUCAUCCAAGAACUCGAAAACCCUGGAGAGCAACUUGCGCGCAUUGGUUGGGGAGAACCAACUCGAACAGCUGCUCUUCGGACACUCUUUGAUCUGGGGAUACUUCAGAGGCUUGGGGAAGAACCUCAGAGCAGUGAGCAGUUGACGGCUGGUACCAAAGCUGAUCCUGUUUUGGUUGCUCGAGCUCUGAAGCAUUUGGGUGCAAAUGGCAUUAUCAAAGAAGUCGGCCAAGACUCAUACAUUGAAACGCCAUUCUCCAUGUCAACCAGGGAUCCAACUAUGGAGGGAGGCCUUAUAUACAGCUUCGAAGGCAUGAUUCCAACCUUCCAAGGGCUUCCUGAGUUUCUGGCUCAGACAAAGUACCAGGUUCCCAAAGAUGCCAACAACUCUCCUGUUCAAUAUGGCCUGAGGACUGAUAAGCCCUUCUUCAGUAUUCUCCGAGAUAAUGCUCGCCUAGGAAAAGCUUUCAAUAGUUUCAUGGCUGGAUAUGCUAAAGCGAGGCCUCGUUGGACUGAGAUUUAUCCAUAUAAAGAACGACUGGGCGAGGAUACCAACGCUAAUGCCCCUUGGCUGGUUGAUAUUGGUGGUGGCCUUGGUCAUGAGCUGUUAGGCCUGGCUUCAGAAAAGGUCCCCGGAAGAUUGGUACUACAAGACCUUCCGGCAGUCAUAGGAGAAGCUAAGUCAUCUGGUGAACUUCCCGCGAUCAUUGAAGCCACUCCUCACGACUUCUUCACUCCUCAGCCAGUCGAGUGCAAAGGAGCAAAGGCGUAUUUCAUGCGUCUGAUUCUUCACGACUGGCCUGAUGCAGAGUGUGCUGCCAUCUUGUCCCACCUCCGAGAUGCCAUGGCUAAGGGCUACUCCCGACUACUUAUCAAUGAAACUGUUCUGCGAGAUGUAGGUGCCCCUUGGCAACAGACGAGCCUCGACUGGACAAUGAUGGGCAUGUUGGUGAAUCGCGAGCGAAGUGAAAGUCAGUGGCAUCAGCUUCUCAAUGAUGCGGGAUUGAAGAUCACUAGGAUCUAUCACAAAGGCACCGAAAGUGUGAUUGAAGCAAUGUUGGCCUAAGAAAACUUAUGAGAUCGGGUUUCUUUUACAUAUAAGUGUGUUGCUCAGCUG